UCCGACGACAGACUCGCUUCUCCAAUCAGUUUCUAGCUUUGCUCGUCCGCAACAAGUUCAGUAAAGUGUCCCAAUAAGAUGUCAGGCGCCAAUCCCUUUGCUCAGUUCGAGAAAACUUUCUCGCAGGCCGGCACCACAUACAAGUACUUUGACCUCGCCUCCAUCGACAGCAAAUAUGAUCAACUUCCGUACUCGAUCCGUGUGCUCUUGGAGUCAGCGGUGCGAAACUGUGACAACUUCCAUAUCCUAGAGAAGGAUGUGCAGAGCAUUUUGGGUUGGUCGCCUGCCCUCAAGCAGGGUUCCAACGAUGUGGAGGUGUCCUUCAAGCCCGCUCGUGUGAUCCUACAGGACUUCACUGGCGUCCCUGCUGUUGUGGACUUUGCCGCCAUGCGUGAUGCUGUCUUGGAUUUGGGCGGUGAUCCCGAGAAAAUCAAUCCCAUCUGCCCCGCUGACUUGGUCAUUGAUCACUCGGUCCAGGUGGACUUUGCCCGUGCUCCUGAUGCUCUGACCAAGAACCAGACUCUGGAGUUUGAGCGCAACAAGGAGCGCUUCACCUUCCUGAAGUGGGGAGCCAAGGCCUUCAACAACAUGCUUAUUGUGCCACCCGGCUCUGGCAUUGUCCAUCAGGUGAAUCUGGAGUACUUGGCCCGUGUGGUGUUCGAAAACGAUACCACUGACGGAUCCAAGAUCUUGUAUCCCGACAGUGUGGUGGGCACUGAUUCCCAUACCACGAUGAUCAACGGCCUGGGAGUCUUGGGUUGGGGAGUGGGUGGAAUCGAAGCGGAGGCCGUGAUGCUGGGACAGUCCAUCUCUAUGCUGCUGCCAGAGGUUAUUGGCUACAAGUUGGUGGGAAAACUGAGCCCGCUGGUCACCUCCACCGAUCUGGUGCUGACCAUCACCAAGCAUCUGCGCCAGCUGGGAGUGGUGGGCAAGUUCGUGGAGUUCUACGGUCCCGGAGUAGCCGAGCUCAGCAUUGCGGACAGAGCUACGAUUAGUAACAUGUGUCCGGAGUAUGGAGCUACUGUGGGCUAUUUCCCCAUCGAUGAGAAUACUCUUGGCUACAUGAAGCAGACAAAUCGCUCGGAGAAGAAGAUUGACAUCAUCCGUCAGUAUCUAAAGGCCACUCAGCAGCUGCGCAACUAUGCCGAUGCUGCUCAAGAUCCCAAGUUCACCCAGAGCAUCACCUUGGAUCUGGCUACAGUAGUCACAUCUGUCUCGGGUCCCAAGCGUCCUCACGAUCGCGUUUCCGUCUCCGACAUGCCCCAAGACUUCAAGUCCUGCCUGACUAAUCCCGUGGGCUUCAAGGGCUUUGCCAUUGCUCCGGAGGCUCAGGCCGCCUUUGGUGAGUUCCAAUGGGACGAUGGCAAGACCUACAAGCUGCAGCACGGAUCCGUGGUCAUUGCUGCAAUCACAUCCUGCACUAAUACUUCGAAUCCCUCGGUGAUGCUGGGUGCCGGUCUGCUGGCCAAGAAGGCGGUGGAGAAGGGCUUGAACAUCCUGCCCUACAUCAAGACAUCCCUUUCCCCUGGCUCCGGUGUGGUGACCUACUACCUGAAGGAGUCUGGCGUUAUUCCCUAUCUGGAGAAGCUGGGCUUUGACAUUGUGGGCUACGGCUGCAUGACCUGUAUUGGAAAUUCUGGUCCCCUCGAGGAGAACGUGGUGAACACCAUCGAAAAGAACGGCCUCGUCUGCGCUGGAGUUCUCUCUGGCAACCGAAACUUUGAGGGUCGCAUUCAUCCGAAUACCAGAGCCAACUAUCUGGCCAGUCCUUUGCUGGUCAUUGCUUAUGCCAUUGCUGGACGAGUGGACAUUGACUUCGAGAAGGAGCCGCUGGGCGUGGAUGCCAAUGGAAAGAAUGUGUUCCUGCAGGACAUCUGGCCAACCCGAUCCGAGAUCCAGGAAGUGGAGAACAAGCACGUGAUCCCUGCCAUGUUCCAGGAAGUGUAUAGCAAGAUUGAGCAGGGCUCCCAAGACUGGCAGACACUUCAGGUGUCCGAGGGCAAGCUCUUCUCCUGGAGCGCCGACUCCACCUACAUUAAGCGUCCUCCCUUCUUUGAGGGCAUGACCCGGGAUCUGCCAAAGCUGCAGAGCAUCCAGAAGGCACGCUGCCUGCUCUUCCUGGGCGACUCUGUGACCACGGAUCACAUCUCGCCGGCCGGAUCUAUUGCCAGGACCUCGCCCGCCGCCCGAUUCCUUGCUGAACGUAACAUCACGCCCAGGGACUUCAAUUCGUACGGAUCGAGACGUGGCAACGAUGCCAUCAUGUCCCGCGGCACUUUCGCCAAUAUCCGUCUGGUGAACAAACUGGUCACCAAGACCGGACCCCGCACCGUGCACAUUCCCAGUCAGGAGGAACUGGACAUCUUCGAUGCUGCCGAGCGGUAUCGUGAGGAGGGAACCCCUCUUGUGUUGGUCGUGGGUAAGGAUUAUGGUAGUGGCAGCUCCCGGGAUUGGGCCGCCAAGGGUCCCUUCCUGUUGGGCGUGAAGGCGGUGAUUGCGGAGUCAUACGAGCGCAUCCAUCGCUCCAAUCUGGUGGGCAUGGGCAUCAUCCCGCUGCAGUUCCUGCCGGGACAGAGUGCCGAGACCCUGAAUCUUAAUGGUCGCGAAGUCUACAACAUUGCGUUGCCAGAGAGUGGCCUAAAGCCGGGUCAGAAGAUCCAGGUGGAGGCUGAUGGCACCGUUUUCGAGACCAUCCUGCGAUUUGACACCGAGGUGGACAUCACUUACUAUAAGAAUGGCGGCAUUCUGAACUACAUGAUCCGCAAGAUGCUCUCUUAAGCGUCUCAUAUAUCAUAUUAUUUGUACUAUAUUCCAAUUGCAUUUCUACACUGUAAAUUGUAGUCCCCUAAGUUUUUAGUUUGUGGCGGUGCUUCCCAAAAAAACAACCUGGUCAAACCAAUAAAGUAAGCCCUAAUCUUGGUAUCCAAUUAAAAUGA